AUGGAAGAGGUUCAAAAGAAAAGAAAAUCUAGAUGGGGGGAUGCAGAGAAGAAAGCCGAUAAUAAUGAGGCAGCCAAAAUGAUUGAAUUGACUAAAGCAGUGGAACAGAAUAGAACUAUUGAUACAAAUGUGUUUCUAAGCAAAACAAGUAAUAAUAUUUUAGAAAAUUUGAACUUGAAUAGAGCACCCAAUUUAGUGAAUCCCAUAACAAGUUUACCAACCCAGUUCCCAACGACUACUCAAAAUUUCGCGGCAUUUUCUCCAGCCAUCCAUUUAAGUAUAUUAAAAGCAACUGAAGCAGCUAAAUUAGCUAUAGAAAGGGCAAAAAGGGCUAGUAGGCUUGAGGAGAGUGCUAAACAGAACCUAAGAAAAGUAGAUUUUAUACCUAAACCUUUAAAAUUUGAUGAACAAGGUAGAGAAAUAGAUGAAGAAGGAAAUGUUAUUAAUAUAAAACCCAUAACGUAUUCAACCCUAAAAGUGAAUAUUAAUAAAUUAGAAGAAAAUAAUAUUUUAAAAAAGAAAAAUGAUUUAUUAAAUAAAAAUAAUGAAGAAAAUUUAAAUGAAGACAUAAAAUGGUUUGAUUCUAGAAUAAAAAGUGUUCGUAAAAAAAAAAGAAAAAAUGCUUUUAAUUUUGUUACACCUGGUUCCCUUGUUAAGUUAGCAAAUUCUAGAAACUAUAAUAGUAAAUCUCAGAUGAAUUUUGAUUUGAAAAAAUUUAUGCAAGAUAAAAAAAAUGUGCAAACAUUCCAAGAAAUGUCUUUAAACUUUUUAAAUAAUGAUCUAAAUGAUAAUGUCAACCCGAACUUAAUAGAUAUUAAUAAAAAAAAUGUGACAAAAAAGGAGUGGAAUGAGGAAGAAAAGUAUAACAUGAUGGAAAAGUGGGAUUUAGUUCUAUUUAAAAAAAUAGAAAAUAAAGAAAAUUUGAAAGAGUACAUUGAUGAACAAAAGGCUCUUUGGCAAGGGAAAUUACAAAUGGAUAACAGUACAUUAUGUCAUAACGGAACUAACAACAGUUCCCAUGCAGAUGAAAAAAUAGAACAAAAUUUAAGCGUACAGGAAGAUUCCUUAACCAAAGGAGAGAAAAAUAAUAAUAAAGAUCUUUCUGAAUAUGUUAGCAGCACAUGUAUGGAAGUAAACAAAUUGGUACAUAAGCAAAGUGAGAACAUGCUGUUGUUACAAAGUAAUGAAAUCAUAAUUAAUGAUGAAUUGUAUAAGAUAAACUUUAAAAGGAUAACAAAUUAUAUAGAACACCCAGUUUCAUUGAACGAAGAUAAGAAAGAAGAAAAGACCACACCACACAUGUUCUUAACACCCUUAGAAAGAAAAAAGUUAAGAAAAAGGAAAAGACAAGAAAAGGAAAGAGAAAAACAAGAUAAAAUUAGAAUCGGGUUAAUUCCGCCACCUCCUCCUAAGAUGAAAUUAUCAAAUUUAAUGAGAAUUCUUGGAGACAGUGCUGUUUCGAAUCCUUCUAGAAUAGAACUAGAAGUAAGAGAACAAAUGAAAGAAAGAGAAUUGAGACAUUUUAAACAAAAUCAACAAAGAAAAUUAAAUCCAGAAGAAAAAAGCAAAAAAAAAAUGAAUAAAUGGAUAUGUGAUCCUAAUGAAGAAAAUGAAGUCCUAGUUAUUUAUAUUACAAAUUUGUCAAAUAAAAAACAUAUAUUCAAAAUAGAUAUAAAUGCACAGCAGUUGCAUUUAACGGGAGUCUGCUUUAUGUCCGUUCUGUAUAAUUUUAUUAUUGUUGAAGGGAAGCAUAUUUCCAUUGAGAGAUACAAAAGAUUAAUAUUUAGAAGAAUAAAGUGGAAUGAAGAUGAAUACGACAAUGAUGAGGACGAUGAUGAGGAUGAAGAUGAAGAUGAGGAAGAAGGUGGGGGGGGGGAGGUGCGAAGAGGAAGAGGCGGAAGGGGAAUUGAACAGGAUCAAAAUAAUAGUAAUGAUGAAGAAAAAGGAGAUCGAAAUAAAAUAAAAUCCAGUUUUGAUACUAAUGAAGAUUAUCCUACUGAUAAUACAAAUGUUCACAUGAAUCAGGGUUGUCGUUGUACCCUAAUUUGGAGUGGAACUGUAAAGAAGAAGAACUUUCUUAACUGGAAGAUGAUAAUUGCAAAAACGGAAUUAGAAAUAACGGAUUAUUUACAAAAGCAUGAUGCACUGCACUAUUACCACAUAGUCAGAAAGCAAAGAAAUGUCUUGGGCGAUGUUUAA